CUUUUUUGAAAUUCAUUUGAAGAAUUUGAUUCCACUCUGUUCUGGAAAAUGGUCUUGAGAAUCGCUUCCAAAGGAUAAAGCUUUUGAAACCCUAGUCCUAGUUCUUGAGCGGUGACGGUUGGUUUUCUUGAGAAAACGGUUUCCUGAAAAUGGGAACAGUUGAGACACGGGCUAAAACCCUAGCUGGGGGUUCUGGUCUUCUUGCUGAAACAGCUAAACCUCGAGCCAAGGAGGAGAAACCCCUUAAAGAAUGUGUUGGCAGUCCUGCCGGUCCAGAGGGGACCCGAGAGAAUGGGUUUCCGGUGUCUAUGAAUGGAGAGGAGGUUUUGGGUGGUGGGGAUGUGAAAGUGGUCGAGACUCGGGUAGUUGAGACGGAGGUUUCGGUUGAGGAGGGUUUCGGGGGACAAUAUGAGGACGUUUCGGGUGUAGACGAAGGUGGGCUUGAGGAGUCCGAGUUGGGUGGAGUGUCUUCUUUGUUGAAGAUGAGAGGAAGUGUGGGAGUGAGAGAAAUAGAGGUUAAAAAUUGUGGUGAGAGUGAGCGUGUUGAAAAGUUGGGAACUUUGGGUGUUGAGGGAAUGGCGGCGAAUGGUUUAGGUGGCGGAGCUACGUCAAAGAAUGGUGUGCAGAAGAGAAGGGUUUUGGUGGAGGAAUUUGGGGAUGAAGAGGAUGGUGGUUCUGUGAGUGAAAACGGGGGAGACCAAGAUGGGAAAAUUGAGAUUAUUGAGGUUCCAAUUGAGGAUAUGUGUAAGAACGAGGAUGGGGAAGGAGAGGAGAGUGUGGCUGAUGAAGGGUAUGAGUUUUCCGUGGGUGAUUUUGUGUGGGGUAAGAUUAGGAGUCACCCGUGGUGGCCAGGGCAGGUAUAUGAUCCUUCGGAUGCUUCGGAUUUUGCGGCCAAGUUGAAAGUGAGGGGACGGUUGCUUGUGGCAUACUUUGGAGAUGGCACGUUUGCUUGGUGCCAACCCUCUCAGUUGAAGCCCUUUGAGGAGAAUUUUGAAGAGAUGUCAAGGCAGAGUAACUCAAAGAACUUUGUAUAUGCCGUGCAGAGGGCUGUGGAUGAGAUUGGCAGACUCUUAGAGCUAGAGAUGAUUUGUUCUUGUGUAACUAAGGAGAAUGGAGAUGGACUUGAUAGACCAUUGGCAGUGAAUGCAGGAAUCAGGGAUGCAGUUCUUGUCCCUGAAGGUGGAAUUGGGAAGCUUUCAAAUAGUCUGUCUGAACCAGUGGGCCUUCUCGCUGAAGUGAAACAUGUGGCGCAGACUAUUACCAUAUGCAGUGCCCUUGGACUUAGGGUGUUAAAGAGCCGGCUGGCAGCCUUUUAUCGGGCAAAGGGGGGUUAUCAUUUGCCUAUAUAUCAUCAACCACAACCAAUUCUGGGUCUCGAAGACAACUUGAAUGAUGACAUAGUGGAUAUACAUAAUAGGGUGGAAGUUCCAAUUCAGGGGCCAUUCGCAGAAGAUUGGCUUGCUUCACCGGUAAGUCCUAAGUUCGGCCAGACCAGUCAAACCGCGACACACAAGAGCCUAGAGGAUUUGGGAGAUAGGCUGUAUCAAAGAAGGAAGAAGAAAAGUAUUGCUGAAAUCAUGGAAGAGAACAUUGAUGGGGAUGUGGCUAAAGAAGGGACAAUCUCGGGCAAACCAGCACCAUUAUCAUCGAAUAAGAGGAAGAAAGGCAGCGAUGUAACUGAUGAUGGUCAUGGGGUCAGUGAAGUGUUACAAGGUAUUAAGAGAAAGGCCAGGAUUUUGGGGUCUCCAUUAAGUACUAACAGUGAAGUUUCAGGUGUCGAAAGUGAUGGCAGUGGAGGCAAGGAAGAAACUAGGAAGAGCCGUUCAUCUAGAGUUAGAAAGAAAGAUGAAGGUGUCAGCAUUGAAGUCGAUGGUGGUGUGGGCAAAGAGCCAACUAAUGAUGAACCUGUUACCAUGAAAAGGAAGUUGAACCGUUCUAGUCUUCAAAAAAUUGAUGGCAACGCCAAAGCACAAAUUGAAAAGGGCUCUUUCUCAAGGGAGAGGAGGAAGAGCAAGUACUUGUCUCCGCCUUUCACUAAUCUAAUUACGGGGCAAAAGAAGAAAGACAUGGAAACAGAGUCCCUUAAAGUUUCUAAUGAAUCUCGUAUGGGGGAGAGGAUGAGAACGGCUGCAGGCCACCUUGCUGGGCCCUCUCCAAUUCUGAAGUCUUGUAAUGAGACAUUUCAGAAGAAACUCUCGGAAGAACUUGGUCUGGAGCAAGACCCGUCUGACAUCUCAAGUCCUCAAACACCAAAACAAGAUCGGAUCCUGAUCAUUGAUCCGGAUAAAGUUAAGGCGGCCUCUUCUAUCGAAGUGCUAUCUGAAGUUCGGCGUGCAGCUAUUGGUCCUGUAUGUCCAUUGGGAGACAAAUCCCUUGAAAUGGUUGGGGACUUUAUGUCCAUACUCAGAAGCUCAGUCUAUUGCGAUGGAUCAAACUACAAAGCAUACAACAAGCGUCAACGUGGCAGAAAGAGAAAGAAUCUAGAGUCUGAUCCUGGGUCAUUGGGUAAAGACCAAAGUAAUACUGACCACAAAUCACCUGGACAUGAAUCCAAACAGAGGACGAGGAAGAAGACCAAAGAAGCGGAGUCGCAUGAAACUAAACCAAAGAAAGCUGCUAAAACACCAGAUGCAAAGUUAGCGGAAUCACAUGAAGCUAAACCAAAGAAAGCUAAAGCUGCUAAAACACCAGAUGCAAAGUUAGAUAAGCAUCGAUCAAAGCAAGACGGUGGAACACGUGGUAUGAAGAAGAGUGAUAAGAAAACUGACGGGGAAGCCUCACCUGUAGUGCUUUCUGUGGCAUUCGGCCCAGGAUCUCAUUUGCCUUCUAAAGCUGAUCUCAUCAGAAUCUAUGGAAAGUUUGGGGCGCUGAACGAAGCGGAAACAGAUAUGUACUAUAUCAAUUUCACUGCUCGGGUUGCCUUUGUAAGGAGCUCCGACGCAGAAGAAGCCUUAAAUCAUUCACUUCAUGCCAGCCCUUUCAAAGCUGCCGGUGUUACUUUCAGCCUCCUAUAUCCUGAAACGAAGACCCGUGAACUAAGAGAAAUACCGCAACAAAAAGCUUCUCCUCCAGGCAAGACUCCAGGGAAGCCAUCUGCUUCACAGCCAUCGCAACUUGACUUCGUGAGGCAGAAACUUGAGACGGUGAACUCAAUGCUGGAGAACUCGGGUGGGAAAGUGUCGCCGGAGAUGAAAUCCCAAUUAGAGAGAGAGAUAAAAGGUCUUCUGGAGACGGUGAGCACCAUGGUUGGAUCUCGGUCGUAGGUCAGGCAAUAUGAGAAACUGAGCAUUUUGGCUCCGUGCACAGGCCGACGUUUAGAGUUAGGGAACAUAUGUUACUUUCUUUUGAGGGUGUUUGUAGGGAUGUACGGGUUAAUUAUCUCACCGUUGUUUUUGUGCGUAGGUUUUUACUUGAUACAGAUGGGUUGGCCUUGUUAUAUAGUCUUUACAUGAACUAGUUCAAUAUGCCCCAUUAGUAUAGAGAUUAUCACUUUUUCUA